AUGGCUCGCCACGGGGAUACUCGCUCACCAUCUCCUGUAGGCAGCACAUACUCGUCAUCUCGACGCAACCGCAGAGAUGAUGAUCGCUACGACAGACACAGAAGGGAUGAGGGACGCGGGUACCGCAGGUCCCGUAGUCCAGAGACCGACGUGACGAAGAUAGCUACCGCCCUGGUCGAAGAGAUCGGUCUCGCGAGCGCCGUAGAUCUAGAGAUCGGGAUGAUGAUCGUGGCUAUCGUCGCAGGAGUCGAGACAGGGAUUAUCGGCCAAGGAGAGAUGAUUCGCGCGAUCGAGACCGGAGACCCGAGAUCGCGGCGCAUCUCGACGCUCGAGAUCUCGUACUCAAGAGCCAUCGAAGCCUACAACUCCUGCCCCAACUGCGCCCCCGCCACUCAGACCGACGAGCAAAAAAAGGCCGAGAGACUAGCCAAACUCGAAAUGUGGAAAGCCAAGCAGGCCGCUGAGCGUGAGCGAAAGCAGAAGGAGCAGGCUGCAGUCAGUGGGGGUCGUGGCAUCCUCGACGAGAUUGACCGGAGAUCUGGUCUAUCCCCUGCUGUGGCCUCACCCGUACCGCCUGCUACCCCAACCGAAGCCCCAUCUCCGGCACCUUAUGCAGGAAAAUUCGAUCCCAAGGCGAUCGUCAAGGGCGCAGCCUCAAAUGGCACGGCGCCUACCCCUGCAGUGCUUGGAAUUGACGCCCCGGUUCCUCAAAAGGCGAAAUCUGCGGCAGCGCCACCUGCAGCUCCCUCCGUCGCACCACCUGCACCAUUGAAGGCCAAGGGAAAUGUUAGUGGCUUUGGUCUGGGCGGUAAACAAGCGCUUGAUAGCGAGAAGUCUUCUGCCACUAAGACACUAGGCUUUGGCGAAGAGGAAUCGACCCGCAAGAAGCUAGAGCGGCUUCCAACGCCACCUCUUGAUGAUGGUAAAGAUGGUAUUACAGGCGCCGAGGACGUGGGCGAUGAUGAUGACGUCGAUAUGCAAGAUGGCGACAAUGAGGAGCAGGCCGCGGCUGCCGCCCGAGCUGCGGCCGAACGGCGCGAAGCUCGCCUUCAAAACCAGCAGUCAGAGUCGAAUGCCGAUAUUCAGAUGGAGGAGGUUCCGACCCAACAAGCCGAGGCUGCGGAGAUGGACGUUGAUGAGGCCGAUGACGUUGACCCUCUAGACGCAUUCAUGUCCGAACUGACAGACACUGGUCCCCCAAAGAAGAAGUCUGGUGUCACAUUCGCGAAGAAGAAGGGUCCACAACAACCAGAGGCUUUGUUUGGUGAUGAGGAUGAUGUGGAUCUCACGGCUGUUGGUGCUGAAGACGCAGAAGAUGUUCUCGCUUUGGCCAGUAAGAAAAAGAAAAAGGAAAUCCCGACCGUUGAUCAUGCGAAGGUUGAGUACGAGCCGUUCCGCAAGAGCUUUUACAAUGAGCCUUCUCAUCUAGCUGACAUGACGGAAGAAGAAGUUGCCAAUCUUCGACUUGAAUUGGACGGCAUCAAAGUUCGCGGCCAAGAUAUCCCCAAGCCGGUCCAAAAAUGGGCCCAAUGUGGUUUGGGUGUGCAGACUCUGGAUGUCAUCGAACGCCUGGGCUUUGAGGGCUUGACUUCAGUUCAGGCCCAAGCCAUACCCUGCAUCAUGUCAGGCCGCGAUGUGAUUGGUGUAGCCAAGACUGGUUCCGGAAAGACCAUGGCUUUCUUAGUUCCAAUGUUCCGACAUAUCAAGGAUCAGCGACCUCUACGGAACAUGGAAGGUCCAAUCAGUUUGAUCAUGACCCCGACUCGCGAGCUGGCUACGCAAAUCCACAAGGACUGCAAACCGUUCCUCAAGGCCCUUGGUCUCCGUGCUGUGUGUGCAUAUGGCGGUGCUCCCAUCAAAGACCAAAUUGCGGAGUUGAAGCGUGGAGCUGAAGUUGUCGUCUGCACACCCGGACGUAUGAUUGACCUGCUUGCUGCGAAUUCUGGGCGAGUGACCAAUCUUCAUCGUGUGACGUAUGUCGUCCUCGACGAAGCAGAUCGCAUGUUUGAUAUGGGAUUUGAACCCCAGGUAAUGAAGAUUUUGGCCAACGUUCGACCUGACCGUCAGACUGUGCUGUUCUCCGCCACGUUCCCUCGGAACAUGGAAGCUCUUGCUAGGAAGACACUCAAGCGACCAAUUGAAAUUGUGGUCGGCGGCAGAAGUGUCGUGGCUCCUGAAAUUACCCAGAUUGUCGAGGUACGAAACGAAGACCAGAAAUUCGUGCGUCUCCUGGAGCUUCUUGGGAAUCUGUACUCUGACGACGCGAACGAGGACGCGCGGGCGCUGAUCUUCGUUGAUCGUCAAGAGUCCGCGGAUACCCUGCUGAAAGAAUUAAUGCGCAAGGGUUAUCCGUGUAUGUCUAUUCAUGGUGGAAAAGAUCAGAUCGAUCGUGACUCUACCAUUGAAGAUUUUAAAGCGGGCGUUUUCCCGGUCUUGAUCGCUACUUCGGUCGCCGCCCGUGGACUGGACGUCAAGCAAUUGAAACUCGUCAUCAACUACGAUGCUCCCAACCAUCUGGAAGAUUACGUCCAUCGUGCAGGUCGAACUGGCCGUGCUGGAAAUACCGGUACGGCCGUCACAUUCCUGAUGGACACACAAGAGCGCUACUCGGUAGAUAUCGCCAAGGCUCUCAAGCAGAGUGGACAAGAGGUUCCCGAACCAGUCCAGAAGAUGGUGGAUAGCUUCUUGGAGAAAGUGAAGGCGGGCAAGGAAAAAGCCAGCGGAUCCGGGUUCGGUGGCAAGGGUCUGGAGCGACUGGACCAGGAGCGCGAAACUGCACGUAUGCGUGAGCGCCGGACGUACAAGACUGGCGAAGAGGGAGAGGAAGAUGAGGACAAGGAUGAUAAGAAGGAGAAGAAGAAAGGCGAUGACGAUCGUUUCGCCAAAGCUCUUUCUGCGGUGCAACCCGCAGCAGCGGCGCCCGCAGCGGCGCCACUGGUCGGAGUUCCCAAGGGAAUCGAUCUCGAUGGAAAGAUUACUGUCCACAGGACUGAGAAGGAUCCCAAUGCCGGCGGGAAGAAUCCCUUGGACAAGGUGGGCUCGGCUGUGGCGGACAUUCAUGCACGUCUAAGCCGUGCCGGUGUGAUGCGAUCGGGUGUGCCUAUCGACAAUCGUGGUCCAGAUGCAGGCGCUUUCCACGCCACUUUGGAGAUCAACGACUUCCCCCAGAAAGCUCGUUGGGCCGUCACCAAUCGCACGAAUGUCGCCAAAAUUCUGGAGGCUACCGGAACCUCCAUCACCACCAAGGGCAGCUUUUAUCCCUCUGGCAAGGAGCCCGGGCCUAACGAGAAUCCCAAGCUUUAUAUUCUUGUCGAGGGUGAGACGGAGAUUUCCGUCACAAACGCCAUGCGGGAGCUCAUGCGUCUGCUGAAGGAGGGCACUGUUGCCGCCGCCGAUAGUGAUGCACGUCAACCAGCCAGUGGUCGCUAUAGCGUGGUUUAA